AUGACUGUUAAAAAUCAACUUACAACAUUUUCUUCAGAAAAAGUAAAAGUUGCUGUUAGAGUACGUCCUCUACUUUCCAAAAAAGAAAAUUUCAAAAAUGUUGUAAAAAUAUCCAAAAAUUCAAUUAUUCUUUCCCACUCAAAUGAUGUUGAUUCUACAAACACAAAACAAUUUGGCUUUGAUUUUUGUUUUCCUUCUACUCAACAACAAGAAUUCAAUCCAAGCAUUGCCAGCACUUCUUCCUCCUCUUCAUUCACUUCAACUUUAUCUUCCCAACAGUUUACUCCUAAUUUAUUGGAAGGAACACAAGAACAUUUAUUUGAAACAAUUGGAAUUGAUGUAGUAAAUAAUGCCUUUUGUGGAUUUAAUACUUGUGUUUUUGCUUAUGGACAGACUGGUUCUGGAAAGUCAUAUACAAUGAUGGGAACAAAAGAAGAGCCUGGGUUAAUUCCUCGUUUAUGUAAAGAACUCUUUCAACGAAUUAAUCAAAAUUUAAGUAAUAUAAAAGUCGAAAUUUCUUUUUAUGAAGUUUAUAAUGAACGAAUAAGGGAUUUGUUAAGCAACUCAAAGCUCUUAAAAGUCCGAGAACAUUCCUUUCUUGGUCCAAUAGUUGAAGGUCUUUUAACCUUGCAAGUUACUAAUGUUGAACAAAUUGAACAAUUUAUUUCAAUUGGGAAUAGACAAAGAAGUACAGCCGCGACUUUAAUGAAUGAACAAAGCAGUAGAAUUGUUGCUGUAGAGGAUGAAAAUUUUACUGGAGAGACGGUUAGCAAAAUUUCCCUUGUUGAUUUGGCUGGAAGCGAAAGAGUGCAAAAAACAGGUGCCAUAGGAAAACGGCUAGAAGAGGGCUCAAACAUUAACAAAUCAUUAACUGCUUUGGGGAAGGUUAUUGCUGCUCUAGCUUCAAAUAAAAAUAAUGGAAACGCAACCCAACCAAAAGGAGGGACGAAUAAUAAAUAUUUUGUGCCGUAUAGAGAUAGUGUGCUUACUUGGCUUUUGAAAGAAAAUUUGGGCGGCAACAGCAGAACAACAAUGAUAGCAACAAUUUCCCCUUCUUCUGAACAUUAUGAGGAGACUUUGUCUACUUUGAGGUUUGCUGAUAGAGCGAAACGUAUUCAAACAAAUGCUGUUGUUAAUGAGGAUCCAAAUGCCAAAAUAAUUCGAGAACUUCGAGAAGAAGUUGAAAGAUUAAAAUUACUUAACCAAGCAACACAAGAAAAACAACAAGAAGUUUUACAAGAAGCAAUGGCACAAAUAGCAGAGCAACACAAUAAAGAAAAACAAUUAGCUUUGGAAAAACAAUAUGAAGAAUUUUCAGAAUAUAUUAGGGAUUUGUUGACAAAUACACAGUCUUCUCCAUAUCCUUCAAUAGCAGCAACCCCUUCCGGACAAUUUAAUGGUUUUUCUCAAUUUUGUGAUAAUGGAAAUAUCAAAAACGACAAAAAUAACUUUUUGGAAUGGGCUAAUGAAAUAGAUCAAUUAUUCACAGCUAGACUAGAAUAUUUACAAAAAUUAAUUCAACAAGCAAACAAACUUUGUUCAGAUGCAAAUCUUUUAUCAGAAAUGUUUGCAAGAAUUUUUAGAAAAAAUGCUCGAAUAUAUUAUUCUGUUAAUUUGCAUAUUCCAAUAAAUAAUUUGAAGCCGUCUUUUUUGAAUUUUAAGACAUUUCGAAAAAAUUCAUUAAAUAAUGAAGAGGAGGAAGAAAAUAAUAAUUCUGAAUAUUUUAAUUGUAUUUGUGAACCUGUUAUUUUGGCUGUUUGGGGGCAAAUAAACAAAAAUAAUAAAAAUUGUUUUUCUAAAGAAGUUGCUAAUGGAUCUUUUCAACAAUUUAGUAUUGAAGAAAUUAAUUUAAAAUUGGAAGAAAUGAGAGAAGCAAUUUCAACAGUUUCAUUAAAUUCUAAUUUAACAACAACAAAUGAUGGAUUAAAUAAAUGGGAUGAAUUGGAGGAAUUGGAAUAUAAUUGCAAUAAACGUUCAUUUAUUUUGCGAAAACAAAGUCUUGUUGGCGUUGCAAAUGUUUAUUUAGGUGCUUUAUUACAUAAUUUAACUUCCCCAAUGCAAACCCAAGUUUUAAUUAUUAAUCAACAGGGAGAGAUUAGCGGAAAACUCUUUGUCCAAAUACACAAAACUGCUUUGUUAAGUAAUAGUGAAUCGUCAGAAUCUAUGGAAUUUUCGGAUAAAGAGGAAGCAGAAGAUGUAAUUUUGGAAGAAUUAAAUCAAGGAAUUGAAAGACAAUUACUUGGACAAUCGAUUGUUGCGAAGGUAGAAAUUUUAAAAGCAACAAAUUUACCUUUAAAUCAAUCACAUCUUGUCUUCUGUCAAUAUUCAUUUUUUGAUCGACCACAAGUAAUAAUUCCAAGUAUUACAAAUGUUGAAGAUUCGCAAAAUUUUAGCGACACUACAAACUCUGCAGACGUUUAUUUUAACUCAAAAAAUGUUAGAAAAAUUAAAAUUUUUGGUUAUACAGUCCAGCUUUUUUAA